CCUGCCCUUGCACACUCACACGCGCUCAAAGUUUUCCAAGACUUUUCAAACUUCUGCUCGAGCUCAAACCGCGCGCACGCGAGCUCUCUCGCCGCCUUGACUCCCGUUUUCCCCGAUUUCCGUUUCGUGCUUUGAAAUUUUCUUUAACUCCAAGCAUUUUCCCCCUCUUCUAAGUUAUGUUUGCCUCUAAGUGUUUUCUUAUGGCGAAUAGAUGACAGCGCGCGAGGGUUUACAACUGCUUCACACGCGACACAGUGGAGCUGCGCUUCUAUAGUUUUAUUUUGGUAUCUUUCUAUCUAUAGUGUAUAUUUAUAGUACAGAGGCUUUCUUUCAAACUUCCCCAACACUUUGACUGCUAAAGGAUAUGGCUAUGCUCGUGUGGGACAUCAUUGUUUCUGUUACGUUAUUAAUUUCUCCGGCUUUUCUUUCGGCGGAUCAGAGCGGCUUCAGGAAACUGUACGUUGUGCAACCGGGACCGAGCGGUACAGACGGGGUUCACGUGAGCUCCAUUUCAUCGCUCUCGGGAGCGUCGGGACAGCCACACUCAUACAAUGUGGAGCUGAAAGCCAGCUUCGGUGGCCAGGUCCGGACCCGCAGAAUGGGUCACCAGCAGAACCCGAGCAUUCCGAUCCGCCAGGACGCGCAGUCUGGCCGACACACAUCCAGCCAUCACAUGAAAGUGUCAGGAGUGAACGUCUGUGGGGGGCAGUGCUGUGUUGGUUGGAGCAAGACCCCAGGAUCUCAGCGCUGCACUAAACCUAACUGUACACCCCCAUGCAAAAAUGGAGGGAUGUGCUUGGGGCCCCACAUGUGUGUGUGUAAGCCAGGCUCUAAAGGCAAGUCCUGUGAACAGACCACUCUCCCUCCAUCCUCUCAUCCAACUGGACCACUAAAUGGACACACCAAUGGUGGAGUCCCAAACGGAGGUCAUACGAACGGAUACUCCAACGGUCAUAAUGUAAUUCCCCAGCGCCCCAUUCCUCAGCAGAUCUUCCCACAGGGGCAAGGUCAAGUACCAUUACCACUGCCCGGCACCAACGUUGGACAUUUAACUCUGUCCAUGAAGCCGUCAGUUAAUGGACCCAUUCCAUAUCAACCACAAAUACAAAACCCAGUUUCGAUGACGAUGCACCAGAGUAAGUCCCAAAAGUUUUUGGUCCAGCAGAAAAACUACCACACACACACGCAGAUGCAAGGAGUGGGACCCACCUUGAACCGUGCCAUCCCGCUGUCAGUGGGCCACAACCCAAUUCAUGUGGGGAACCACACAGGCCGGAUCAAGGUGGUCUUCACUCCGACUAUCUGCAAGAUGACCUGCACCAACGGCCGCUGUCAGAACAGCUGUCAGAAGGGAAACACCACCACUAUCAUCAGUGAGAACGGACACGCCACCGACACGCUCACCGCCCCCAACUUCAGAGUUGUUGUUUGCCAUUUGCCCUGCAUGAAUGGUGGAAAAUGCAGCGCUCGGGAUAAGUGCCAGUGCCCGCCAAACUUUACUGGAAAAUUCUGCCAAAUGGCGAGUCCAAAUGGUCACCAGGGGCAGCAUACUGUUGUAAAUGGGCAGAAGACACAUGUCCACUCAACACACACGUUACCCCUCACUUAUGGCACUGGACAAAACCAAGGUAUGGUGAAUGUCCAUGUGAAACAUCCUCCUGAAGCCUCGGUCCAGAUUCAUCAGGUGUCUCCAGUGGACAGUAAUGGACAAGUGAAGAACACGCAGUCCAGCCAUUCCUUCACCUACCACAGCAGCAGCCAGAGCAUCCAGCAUGGGCACACUCACAGUGGUGUCAUUUACCCCAACCAGCAAACAUACCUCCAAUACCAGCCUGUCACAUCCAAGAGCCAACUAGGACGCUGCUUCCAGGAGACUACCGGAAUGCAGUGUGGGAAAGCUCUGCCUGGACUAUCUAAACAGGAUGCCUGUUGUGGGACGGUGGGCACAUCAUGGGGAUUCCACAAAUGCCAAAAAUGCCCCAAGAAACCAUCGAUUCCUUUGAUUGAAUGUCCUCAAGGCUAUAAGAGACUGAAUGGCACUCGCUGUAUCGACAUUGAUGAAUGUCAGCUUCAAGGUGUUUGUCCAAAUGGAAACUGCAUCAACACUGUGGGCAGCUAUAGGUGUAUCUGCAACCCAGGCUUUGUGCCUGAUCCAUCACUGACGUCCUGCUUCCCCGAAACACCUGCUCUUCGCGAGGAGAAGGGUGCUUGCUUCCGGUUUGUCGGUUCAGGGAAGCAGUGCUUGCACCCUGUGUCCACUCAGCUGAGUAAACAGUUAUGCUGUUGUAGUGUGGGCAAGGCCUGGGGUCCUCAUUGUGACCGCUGUCCUCUACCUGGGACAGCUGCGUUUAAAGACAUUUGUCCUGGAGGUAUGGGUUACCACGUCACCCCACCAUACAUUUACAAGCCCAAACCUCCUAAUGGACACACUCAGACAGACAGUCAGGGGUACAACAAUCCCACCAUCAGACACCAAGUCCCUAUGGAUCCUCCAGUGCCCUUCCCCACCCUCCAGCAGCCCGUGGAGGCUCUGAGCAUCACAGAGAGACAGCUGCCUGAGGUGGUGGAGAAAGUGUCACCACCGGCUCCAGUGGCAAUUCCACCUUCCAAUGAAGGUCAGGACAUUACCCCAACACAGCUGGCUGAGAUUGACGAGUGUGUAGUGAGACCUGAUAUCUGUGGUGCAGGAAUCUGUUAUAACACUGCUGAGAGCUACACAUGCUUCUGUGAUGACGGCUAUAGAACGGACAGUGAGGGCACCACAUGUGUAGAUGUCGACGAGUGUGCGGAGAACCCAAGUUUGUGUGCUAAUGGCCGUUGUCAGAACACUCCAGGCGGAUUCCUGUGUGUAUGUGAGCUUGGCUUCAUGCCUAACGAGAGGGGCAGCAGCUGUUCCGAUAUUGAUGAAUGUCAGAACAGGAGAGCGUGUCCAUCUGGUCUCUGCUAUAACACUUUGGGCUCAUUCAUGUGUUCUCCCUGUCCGGAUGGGUUUGAAGGAAAAAACGGCCAAUGUGUAGAUAUAAAUGAGUGUCUGGAUAAAAGAGUGUGCGCUCAUGGUCAGUGCUCUAAUCUGGAGGGCUAUUUCGUCUGCACGUGUGAUGAAGGGUUCUUGCCCACUCCUGAUGGCAAAAGCUGCACAGACAUUGAUGAAUGUCAGGACGAUAACGUGUGUAUCCAAGGUCACUGUCAAAACACACAGGGGUCAUUCAUCUGCAACUGUGAGCCUGGCUUCAAACUGUCGUCCUCAGGAGACCAAUGUGAAGAUGUGGAUGAGUGUUUGGUGAUACCUCAGACCUGUGAUGGUGUGGGCCAGUGCGUCAAUAUCUUAGGGUCUUACCAGUGCAAUUGCCCACAGGGGUAUAGACAAGUCAAUAGCACCAGCUGCCUUGAUGUUGAUGAAUGUGAAGAUGAUACACAACUGUGUAUCCCGAAUGGAGAAUGUUUGAACACUGAGGGUUCAUUCCUGUGUGUGUGUGAUGCUGGCUUUGUGUCCACCAGGACAGGCUGUCAGGAUGUGGAUGAGUGUUCUCUGAAUGAGAAUACCUGUGGAAGUCAUGGUACUUGUCAGAAUACAAUAGGCUCCUUCAUCUGCCAGUGCGACCCGGGAUUUAAGGACUCUCAGGAUGGGCAGGGCUGUGUGGAUGUGAAUGAGUGUGAGCUUCUCGGUAAUGUGUGUGGUGAAGCCACCUGUGAGAACCGUGAAGGCACCUUCCUGUGUUUGUGUCCUGAUGACCUGCAAGAGUUUGACCCAAUGCUUGGCAAAUGCAUCUCUACACCUCCAGUCACAACGGUUGAGAGGAAAGAGUGUUACUUCAACCUGAAUGAUGAAAACCUUUGUGAUAAGGUUCUGGCCAGCAGCAUGACUAAAGAGGAGUGCUGCUGUACACUGGGAGCAGGAUGGGGAGACAACUGUGAGGUCCAUCCCUGCCCCAUACCGGGAACAGAUCAGUUCUCACAGAUGUGUCCAGCAGGCCGGGGUUACCUGAUUUCUGGAGAUCCUAUGAGUACUACCUCCAGCUUAGCAGAAAACACCAAAGGUAUUAUUAGUGUUUAUGUCAUUUAAAAGGAUUUAAAUGUC